UCCACCCCUCCUUUUUCUAUCAGUAUAUAUAUACAUCGUUGUCUCUACCUUACAAUUCAUCAGAACAACACAAAAAUUAGAGUCUAGCUGACGGUCACGCACCUCAAACUGUUCUGCAAUUCCUUCAGCGCUGACAUCAUACUUGAACCGACUCCAUUUUUGUUACAGCGCAUUUUCUCGAGAGAUAAGCAGUCGAUGGCUGCGCCCAUGGCGUCGGAUGGUGGGCUGAGGCGUCUGUUCGAGAAGCCGCUGCCGGAGAACCCGACUCUGCUGGAGGCGCUGUCGGCGUGGAACCGCGAUAUCCACCCCAAUAAGCCCAUCGACCCGGCGUCCUUCACCGAGAUCUUCGGCGAGCUCCACUUCCAAGAGAAGCAGCAGCCGGACCGAGCCAUCCUCGUGUCGCAGCCACCGCCUCGCCCUCGCCCUCCUCCGCGCACGGCGUCGUGGCUCGAUAUCGCCGCCGAGGCCGAGAUGAGCAACUUAAGCAAGGACGACUCGUCGCUGGACGGUCUCCUGAGGCCCAAGCCGGCGAGCACGGUGGCCACCGUGAAGAGGAGCGCGAGCUUCUGCAUGAAGAAGAGCUCCGCGUCCCUGCUGCUGUGCACGGAGGGCCUCGGCUCCGAGAGCACCGUGGACGCCGACGACAUGCUCAAGGACGGCGACGCCGAGGCCGAGACCGGCGCGCUCAGUGGGCACAGCAAGGAGACGGGCACGGAGAGAAGCAGCGACGUGAAGGACGCCGCCGCCGGCGCCGUGGAAGAAGGAAAGGCUGAGAAACGGCCCCCGUCGUUCCCGCCGCCGAUACGGUCGAUCGGGCGCGGCGGCGGGAAGCCGCACGUGUGCUUCCGAUCGUUCCGGGAGGAUGGGCGGUUCGUGCUGCUGGAGGUGGUGAUCCCCGGGAAGGAUCUCCUGCAGGCAACGCGCGAGGGCGGCAGGCUCAAGCUGCAGUUUACCAACGGCGCCGCUGCAGCCAUAGCGGCUGGUGGCGUGGGCGUCGGCGAGGAGGUGCACGGAGAAGACGGCACCAAGCAUCCAAGCCAAGAUAGAUUAGUCAUAUAAUGCAACGAUGUGUGGUUAAUGGCGAUCAAAGGCUGGAGUAGCAAAGCAGGUGAUGGUAUAAUUAAUUAUGAAAAGCAUUGCCUACCUAAAGCUUCUUGAAAAUGAUGAAAUAUAUGUAUGUUCCUCCUAUUCAGUCAGA